GUUAGAAACGUUUUUCUUUCGCCCUACUACAACUGCAGCCUGCAGGAACGACAGAGAGAGUUCUCUCUCAUACGCUAUUUUCUCGCGUUUUCUCUCACGAUUUUCUUUCCAUCCAAAUCCAAACACUCUCAAUCCCUUCAAAGCUGUUUCGCUUCCGCUUCGGAUCGUCACAACAGAGUUCGUUCGUCCUCCAAGCGAUCUCUUCUUCCCUGUGCAAUCUAGCAAAAUUUCUUGGUAAGAUUUUUGUCUGAAUAGAUGCCAGUUGCAAAACUACCGGCCUCAGGCACAACCGGUUUCACAAAAACAGAUGAUGGAAAUGAUUCUUUAGAUACAAUAUUCAGACAAGCAAUUGGAAAAGAACCGUUGCUUUCCUUUCCUAGGGCCGGUGACAGCCCAGUACAGUGGAUUCAAUUACUUCAUGCUUUAGAUCAGCAAGAACUUCCAGGGUGGCCUUUGCUCUCUCCUGUGAAGGUUCAGUUACAAAAGUGCAACAAGUGUUCUCGAGAAUUUUGCUCUCCCAUUAACUAUAGAAGACAUAUACGUGUGCAGCACCGGUUGAAAAAGCUUGAUAAGGAUUCUAAAAAGAAUAGGGAACUUUUAGGGGCAUAUUGGGAUAAGCUCUCUAUAGAAGAGGCAAAGGAAGUUGUUUCAUUCAAGAAUGUGAUGCUGGAGGAAGUUCCAGGGUCUUCAAUUUUAGAAGCUUUGACAACUCUUAGAAAACAAGGAUUUUCUUCUCUUCCGCAAUACUAUCUGAGGGCUGGUUCUGCCCUUUUGAAUAUUGUUCAAUCCAGGCCAUCUAGUUUUCCUAUAUCUUCCCAAGAGUUGUUCAGUAUCCUAGAUGAUUCUAGUGAAAAAACAUUUUUGGUUGGAUCAGCAGUGUCGAUGCAAAGAUAUGUUUUUGAUGGAGAGGCUGGAAAGAUUGGUCUUGAACAAAAAAACCUAGUUGCUUGUACAAGUUUCUUGCUAGAGCAGAAACUGGUGAAGUCUUGGCUUGCUGACAAGGAUGCUGAAGCAUUGAGAUGCCAAAAGCUACUUGUGGAAGAGGAAGAAGCUGCUCAGAAAAGAAAAGCUGAGAUUUUAGAGAGGAAACGGCAGAAAAAGCUCAGACAGAAAGAACACAAGACAAAGGAGCAAAUUGAAAACAACACAGAAACUAAAGGAAACAUAAACAGCGCAGGCGAGGAUGUAUCACCAGGAGAAGCGUCUUUGGGUACACGUGACUUCGAUGCACAUAAUCCAGAUAUUUUUGCGGAUCAUUCUCCUCCUCCACCACAUGUAACUUCUCACUGCUUAGACGCUAAUGAUGUUAUAGAAAAGGAUACGCUGUCAGGGUAUGAUGAUUGUGACACGGAUCAGUAUAUAGAGCGGCAGACACUACCAGGACAUAAUCGCCGGGGCACAAUGCCUGCCAGAUGGCAAGGGCUACCAAAAUCACAAUGGGCUAGAGCCAAUGGUUUGAAUGCAGGCCAGAAUUCUCAACCGACGAAGCUUGGAGUUAUUCAAAAGCAUAGAACCAGCCAUGAUCUUAGGGUAGCUCCUAUAAUCAAUGGCAGUAAGGUUUGGAGUCGAAAACCUAAAGCAGAAUCUAAUGAUUUGGUUCUAAAAAACAAACUGCUGAAAGAACCUGACAAAGUUAAAAAUCAUGAAGUUUUGAUAGGAUCUGUAUCAGUUAGUCUGGGUAAUUGUUGCCAUUCCGGAGGUAACUUUAUGGCACCCCAGCGGGAUUGCUCGGCAGGGAAUCUGUCCAAGCUGAAUACUGCUCAGGAGAAACCAGGAAGCAACGGUCGUUUAACAGCUAAGUUUUGGAGGCCUGUUAGCCAGCAUGGAACUAAAGACCCAUUUCCACUUCAAAAUGGUGGGACAGAAGCUGAUGCUAUAAAUGGAAAAAUUGAUGAAAAUUCGUCUGGUCAAAGUAGUUUAAGGUUGUGUAGUGUAGAGGGUAAUGAUGAUAUUGAUUUUGGGGACAAUUUUUCCCAUAAUGUGGCAAAAGUAGAUACAGAAAGCUUACGUCUAUCCAGCCAUGCUGCAGAAUCCUUUCUUGCCCAAAGAUGGAAAGAAGCUAUCUCGUCAGACCAUGUAAAAUUGGUUUUCACACCUGAUUCUGAGCCUCCUGGAGGACAGUCUGUCCAGGAUUGUGAACUAGCAGCAGAUGCUUAUCUAUCUUCUGAUGCGGACAAAUGUGGCGUUCUUGCAAGUACAGAGAACCGGUUCCCUGCAACCUCUGGAGUAGCAAGAUCUAAACCCAAAACGAAGCCUGAAAAAGGAAUGAAGAUAAAGUACAUUCCCAAACAAAAAGCAGCAGCCUAGUUGUGAGAGACAAAGAAGAAAUUGGGUUAUUUAAUUAUGACAGAUAUGCGUAGAUUGACUUCUCGCCAAUUAAUUUAUUAGCAGAGGUUCCAGUUUUAUCGAUGGUCUUCUGUCAAAAAGUUGGAGGUAGGUUUUGCCUGAAGGUUUUUUUAUAUUCCGUCCUUUUCCUUCAAAUGAAGGCAUAAUAGGGGAUUGUGCAUUAAGUUUAAUUUUUUUUCUUGUGGCAUUUUUUUACCAAAAUUUUGUGUAAUAAAUUUGUCUGGUUAUUAUUAUAAAAGUGCAUCCUCUUGUUUUUAUGGUUAUCA